AUGGUAGAAAACCAUCAGCUUUUCCCUAAACAUGUUUGGUCACCCUCUGGAGGAUGGUGGUGUCAACCUAGAAAAUGGAAAUCAAACACAGCUAUUUGUAUCGCAGGAAUAUCACUUAUUGUUUUCUGGGUUUGGAAGACUAGUGUAGAAAAAGAAUGGAGAUAUAAUAAACCUUCUGGAUGGAUCCCUUCUUUAUUGUGGAGUAAAGGAUUAAAAGAACAAAACCGUAAUUAA